AAUUUCUUCGUACUGUACACGUGAAUUUCCUCCAUGGUGAUGAUUUGAUGUGGCAUUUACAGUUUGAUCUUCAAGAUCAAGUGGCUGAUGGGGGUUGUGGAAAUGAAGGAUAACGGCCCUGAAGCUAAAGUGUAACUACACAGAAUAGGGAAGAUGAGGUCAACUUGGAAAAAAUGACCUGUUCAACUGACUUUAGUCACAACUACUCAUCAGCCAACCUGCUUAAAGCACAAAACAUGUAAAUAAAACAAAUUAACGCAUCCAUCAGUAGGGUGCAAAUACCAAAUGGUGCUUAUAAAAACCAUGAAGGCAGAUUUGAAAGAAACCAACAAUAAAGAAAAGGGAGGAGAAACCAAUGAGAAAAUAUCAAGAUCCAUGAGGGAAGAAAACAGAAAAAUGCAAUCCUCUUGCCUAAAAGAGGUAUCACAAGUAUGCCUCCAUGGCUGCUGUCCAUCCCCUUUCCUCAGCGCACAUGAGCCUCAGAGCAAACCCUCAAAACUCACAAGCUCUUCUGCAGCUUGUCGCCGUGACUUUGCAUCGAAAACUACUUCCUCUAUUUUCCCAAACACCCAUUUCACCAACCAUGAAUCUCUUCCAACCGUGCAAGAAUCAUUUGCUGAAUUCACCGAGGCUUACCCGCAGUACUCUGACACCUAUCAAGUUGACCAAAUACGGGCACAAGAGUAUUAUCAUCUAUCGCUCUCCAACCAUACCUGCCUUGAUUAUCUUGGCAUCGGCCUCUUCUCCUAUUCCCAACUACAAAAACAUGAGUCUUCAACAUAUCGAAUUGCCUCUUCUUCCUUCCCUGUGCCACCACAAUCACCUCCUCUAAUUUUGGAUAUUCCCUUCUUUGGUGUGUCUUACAAGACAGGAAAUCUCAAGACACAGCUACUUCAUGGUGGACCAACUUCAGAGCUGGAAUCUGCGAUCAGGAAGAGGAUCAUGACUUUUCUUAAAAUUUCAGAAAAUGAUUACUGCAUGGUUUUCACCGCAAACAAGACAUCAGCUUUCAAACUUCUAGCAGAAUCUUACCCCUUUCAGUCUAAUAGGAAGCUUUUAACAGUGUAUGAUUAUGAGAGUGAGGCCAUUGAAGCCAUGGCCAAUAGCUCCGAGAAAAAAGGGGCUAGAGUUCUGUCUGCAGAAUUCUCGUGGCCAAGACUGAGAAUUCAGUCAUCAAAAUUGAGAAAAAUGGUUGUGAGCAAGGAAAAGAAGAAGACAAAAAGAGGUCUUUUUGUCUUCCCACUUCAUUCCAGGAUGACUGGAGCCAGAUAUCCCUACCUCUGGAUGAGCAUCGCACAGGAAAAUGGAUGGCAUGUGUUGAUCGAUGCGUGUGCGUUAGGACCAAAAGACAUGGACAGCUUUGGCCUCUCCCUCUGCCAUCCAGACUUUCUCAUUUGCUCUUUCUACAAAGUUUUUGGAGAAAACCCCUCAGGGUUUGCAUGCCUCUUCGCCAAGAAAUCAGCCAUUCCGGUAUUGGAAACUUCUACAAGUUCAGGGAUGGUAGGUCUUAUCCCAGCUGAGAAGCUGUUUCGUUCAGCAACUGAAUCUCCAGGCACUGACACAGAAGUUGAUAAAUUAGCUACACCAGGCUCCAUCUCAGGCCCUGUUCCUGUCCAAGCUUCACAGUCUGGAAGACUUGAGGAUGGGAAAACUUAUAAGAUUCAACAUGCAGAAAUUACUGAAAAACUGAAAGGGUUGGGAAUGACCGAAAUUUCAGAAUCAGAGAAGCCUUUUGAGAUAAUUCAAGAGGAUAAUCUUAAAGAAAAAGGAGAGAUCGAAUGCAGGGGUUUGGAUCAGGUGGAUUCAUUAGGACUGGUAACAAUUAGUAAUAGAGCAAGGUGCCUCAUCAAUUGGCUUGUGAAUGCUCUGCUGAAACUCCAGCAUCCUAACACAAAGGGGAUUCCCCUGGUUAGAAUAUAUGGUCCAAAGAUAAAAUUUGAUCGGGGAGCGGCAAUCGCAUUCAAUGUAUUUGAUUGGAAGGGAGAAAAAGUCGAACCUGUUCUUGUACAGAAGCUAGCGGAUCGAAGCAACAUUUCUCUUAGCUAUGGGUUCCUACACCGCAUAUGGUUUGCAGAUAAGUAUCAAGAAGAAAAGGACAAAGUCAUUGAGAGAAGAAGGAAUGAAGCCAGGGUUAAGGAUGGAAACAAGAGAAAAGACAAAAAUGAUAUGGGAAUAGCUGUGGUUACUGCUGCAUUGGGGUUCCUAGCCAAUUUUCAGGACAUUUAUAAGCUUUGGGCUUUCAUUGCUCAGUUUCUGGAUGCAGACUUUGUGGAGAAGGAGCGGUGGAGGUACACAGCUCUGAAUCAGAAAACUAUUGAAGUUUAAGCUCUAAAAUCAUUUCUUUCGGAAAAUGAAAGCCAAAUUUGUUGAGUACGGAAUCUGAAUUGCAAGAGGAACUGAGUUUGUUUUUAAUGAAAAAUGUAUUUGAAGUCGUCAACGAGCAAUAAGUAAUAGUAGUAGAAUUAUGAGGCUACGAGCGAAAGAAGGAAAACGACACGGUCGGGGUAGUUGCUGGGGGCAAUAAAAGAGUGUGGUCAGUAGGUCACUGACGACAAGCACAAUCGCGUGGGCAAAACGAGAAAGGAGGUGGUUGGGGGUCAUUUGGGGAUUACCUGAUUAGCCAUUUGUCUAUCUGCCUUUCCAGACCCAGUCCACGUUGGCUGGAGAAAUGGCUUCCGGUCCCAAAAAUGUAGGAAUAAUUUUUAGUUUGUAUUUUCAUUUUAUUAAAGCUAAUUCAACCGAAAAAGUUAACAAAAAUACUAGUAUUGGUUAGUAUUAUCAAUGUUAAUUAUAGGAUGCACCAGAGGCACGUGACGAUGCUAGCAAAGGAAAAUACACCGUUGGGCUUGGACAAGAUUGCUUGGCUUUUUUUGGUACGGAAGUUGAAGAUGCUAUCUCCAUGAGGCAAUUCCAUUUUCAAUCGAUGCCUUCACAUUUCCAUCUGCCAGGACACAAUUUUAAAAUUCUUCUGCUACAUGCUGAUUAUUGUGUUUUAUUCUUCUUGUUGUAAGCUAGUUCAGAAGUGUUUUACUCGGCUGUUCUUCAAUGGUUUCUCAAGGAAUGUCAGUUUCACAGUAAAAGGCAGCACUGGAUGCUCAUUAUUAUGAUCAAAUAUGUCCUGAAGCAGAGAAAAUUAUACUAGAC